CAAUGAGGCUCUUGCUGUUGCUCUUGGCAUGUUAUGUUGGCCUAUGCAAUGGAUCGAGUUUGCUGCCAUUCAUGGAUCCAGGCAGUGGCAGUCUGUUAUUGGCUGAUCCGUUCCGAGUGUUAGAGCAAAUCCCACUUACCCUGGAGAGGGACGAGAGCUUGGCACUGUCGCCAGCCAGGGUGGACUGGAAGGAAACAGCGGAGGGGCAUACGAUAAUGUUGGAUGUGCCAGGGUUGAAGAAGGAAGAGCUGAAGAUCGAAGUGGAAGAGAACCGUGUGCUGAGGGUGAGCGGGGAAAGGAAGAGAGAGGAAGAGAAGAAGGGGGACCAUUGGCACAGGGUGGAACGCUCCUAUGGCAAGUUUUGGAGACAAUUUAGGCUGCCUGAGAACGUGGACUUGGACACUUUGAAGGCUAAGCUUGAAGAUGGGGUGCUUACUUUGUCAUUGGCCAAGUUGUCUCCCGAUAAGAUUAAGGGUCCGAGGGUUGUCGACAUUGCUGGCGGAGAGGCUAAUGAAGCACCCAAGCUCGAGGGUAACGAUGCCAAGCAGGAGCUUUAAAUCCAUCCUUGAAUUGUUUUUCAUGGCUUUCAAAGCUUUUUCCAGCCUGUUUAUGUAGAUGAAUAUAUAUGAGAAAAUAAUUA